UACACCAGCGGUCAACGUCUUAAUCCAUUACCUCUUCCAUCUAAACCGUCAACCGCCAAACCACAUUCACCAUGGGCCGCACAGCUGUCAAGAAGCGCCUCUACCUGAGCCGCCCCGACCCAGACAUCAUCACCACCCGCACCCAAGUCACCCGAUACAUCCCCGACUCGCGCUCCCGCUCCAGCUCGCGCUCCCGAUCCCGGUCUCGCUCCCGCUCCCACUCGCGGCCCCCCGUCGAGGUCAUCACCGUGCCGCGGCCUCCUCCCGCCGUCACCGUCCUGCCUCCUCCGCCGCCGCCAACCCUCCCGCCCGCGCCGAUGCCGCCUCCGCCACCCGUCUACCACCAUCAGCCUCACGAGCAUCAGCAUUAUCCGCCGCCUCCUCCUCCUCCUCCGCCUGCGCCCAUCUUCCCCCACGAACCACAGCAUCAUCACCAUCCUCCGCCGCCAAUCCACCACCACCAGCCUCAGCCUCACCCCCAUCCGCCCCUCUACACCCAGCCCCCUCACCCUCCGCACAUGCACCACCACCCCUUCCCCCGCCACUCCGAACCGGAAAUCAUUGAAGUCAUUGCCGUCAGUGAAGACGAGAAGUCAAAGUCCAAAUCCAAAUCCAAACACAAGAAGAAGAAGUCCAAGUCCAAGUCCAAAAAGUCGGAGCGCCGCCACCGCUCCGUUAGCCCCUCCUCCUCCUCUUCCUCCGGGUCCUCCAUCGCAAGCCACUCCCGCAGCCACUCCCGCGCGCGAAGCCACCACAGCCGCAGUCGGAGCCACCACCGCCGCCGCGAGAUUGACGACGAAGAAGACGACGAGUAUGAGCUCGACCGCUACCACCACGACUACGACCGCGACCGCGACCGUGAUCGUGACGUGGAGGAGUCGCGCGACCGGGAGGUCUACGUCGAGAGGGAGCGCUACAUUCCGUAUCCCGUGCCCGUGCCCGUGGAGCCGCAGUACAAGACGUAUCGCUACGUCGACGCCCCGCGCAGCCCCAGGCGAAGGCGUGAGUCGCCGUCGCCGCCGCGGUACAUCGACGAGAGGGAGCGGGAGGACAGGGAAUAUAUUCGCAUCAAGGAUCGCGAGUAUCGCUUUUAACGGUGCUUUUGACUGUUUGCAAUGACAUGAUUGUUUCCAAAUGUGUUCUUGUCUCUUUGCUUUUGCCUGCGGAAAUAACGAGAAGGUAUCAGGGCGAAUGCGUGGGACAUGUCUGCGACGGAUGUUUUCAGGUUUCUUCUCUUAUGAGUCUCGGUGUAAGACUGAGAAUGACGCUGUAACGACGCAUGCUUUCAUCUACCAAUGGGGUCAUAUACUCGAUGUCUAUAACGAUAAUGAUAUGAGCAACUUGAAUUAUGU